CUAUGGUACUAGCUCGUGGAAUUACCACUUUGUGCCGCUUUGACAUGAUGCAGUCAGUGUAGCAGUCAGCUCUUCCGAGGAGCUAGCCCGGAAUAUAGUUGAUGGUGCCUCUACAGCACAAUAUCUAAAGAAGAGUGUUUGGUAAACCGAGGGAUCAGGUAGUCUUGGUCGCUGCAUGUUCACGGGUGGGUGCCCUGUGCUCCACUCUGCUCUGCUGUGCUCUGCUCUCCUCCUCUGCGGCCCACCCGCCUGCCCGCGCUCCCAUGGCGACCAGGUCCAGCUGACCCCUGACCCCUCCCCCUGGCGUGCAGGAUGACGGUGCGCGAGCGUCUCCGGGAGAGCAUCUCGGCCGCCUUCUACCGCCACGGCCUGCUGUGCGCCUCCUACCCAGUGCCCAUCAUCCUCUUCACCUCCGCCAGCAUCCUCACCUGCUGCUACCCGUUGCUGAAGCUGCCCCUGCCGGGCACGGGGCCGGAGAAGUUCACCACGGGCCUGAGAGACUACACCGCGCCUUCCCAUGAGCCUCAGGGGGACCUGGGGGAGCGGCCCGACUGGUAUCGCGGUCCUCCAGUCGCCUAUAUCCAGCAGGUCCUGGUGAAGGCAGCCGUUUCCCCGUGGGAGAGCACCCUGGUCCCGGUCGACGUCUUCCGCUCUCCCCUCAGCCGGGUGUUCAGCCUGCUGGAGGAGAUCCGAAACCAUGUCUACUCCGACAGCUCGGGUGUGCGGGCCCUGGAGGCUCUGUGUAUGCAGGUGACUGACCUGUUGCCAGGGUUACGGCGGAUGCGUGCAGUGCUACCGGAGCAUGGCUGCCUGCUGGUCUCUCCAGGCAACUACUGGCAGAACCAGCGCGACCUCUUCGACUCGGACCCGGACCUCCUCAAGACCAUCCAGAAACACGAACCCAAAGUCCUGCACACCUCCGCCACCCUCAGAGACCUGCUGUUUGGGGUGCCCGGGAAGCAUACGGGCGUCAGUCUGGACGGCCGCAAGCGCGUGGUCACCUACACCAUCACCAUCGCACUCAGCAACUAUGACGCCAGGUUCCUGAGCAGCCUGCGUGUCCGCCUGAAGCAGCUCCACCCGUCUGUGAACUGCAGUCUCCGUGACGACCACAUGCUGCACGUGCACUUCAAAGAGGAGAUUGGCAUCGCAGAGCUCAUCCCCCUCGUCACCACCUACAUCAUACUCUUCGCAUAUAUCUACUUCUCCACACGUAAGAUUGACAUGGUGAAGUCCAAAUGGGGUUUGGCUCUGGCUGCCGUGGUUACCGUGCUCAGUUCUCUGCUAAUGUCCGUGGGCCUCUGCACCCUCUUUGGUCUGACGCCCACCCUGAACGGAGGAGAGAUCUUUCCCUACCUGGUGGUGGUGAUCGGGCUGGAGAAUGUGCUGGUCCUCACCAAGUCGGUAGUCUCCACACCUGUGGACCUGGAGGUCAAGCUGCGUAUCGCACAAGGUUUGAGUAACGAGAGCUGGUCCAUCAUGAAGAACAUGGCUACUGAACUGGGCAUCAUCCUCAUUGGAUACUUCACCCUGGUGCCCGCCAUACAGGAGUUCUGUCUGUUUGCUGUGGUGGGCCUGGUGUCAGAUUUCUUCCUGCAGAUGUUCUUCUUCACCACCGUGCUCUCCAUAGACAUCCGUCGCAUGGAGCUGGCCGAUCUGAACAGGCGUCUUCCGGCCGAGGCUGGCAUGCCCCCUCCCAAGCCGGGCCCCCUGCGUCCCCGCGAGACGCCGCCACCCCCGCGCCCCUCCCCCCACACCAUCACCCUGCAGACGCCCGCCUUUCGCAACCUGCGCCUGCCCAAAAGGCUGCGGGUGGUCUACUUCCUGGCACGCACACGCCUGGCACAACGCAUCAUCAUGAUCGGCACGGUGAUCUGGAUCGGCAUCCUGGUGUACACGGACCCGGCGGGGCUGCGCACCUACCUGGCCGCCCAGGUAUCGGAGCAGAGUCCUCUGGGCGAGGCCGCCGGCCUGCCGCCACACCUGGGGGUGGCCCCCGUCUUCCCUGGGGGAGACCCCACCAGCACUCUCAGCGUCCUCCCCGCCCCCGAGCCCACCCCCAUCCCCGAGAACCAAUCGCACGGCCACGGCCACCAUGACGGGCGCAGUCCCCAGAUCAUCUGGGGGGGGCCCGAUGACGAGGAGGGGUGGAGGAGACUGUCGUACCGACACUGGCCAUCGCUGUUCAGCUACUAUAACAUCACACUGGCCAAGAAGUACAUCAGCAUCUUGCCAGUGAUCCCCGUCACACUGCACGUCACCCCGCAGGAGGCCGUGGAGAUGCGGCACCCCCAGGACACGCGCCACGCCCCUCCCCCACACCCCCGGGCCCCCGACCUGCAGACCGACCUCACCCUCUACAAGGUGGCGGCGCUGGGUCUGUUUGCGGGGGUGCUGCUGGUGCUGCUGCUGUUCUGCCUGUACCGGGUGCUGUGCCCGCGCAACUACGGCCAGAACGGGGUGCCCCACGGCAGGCGGCGCCGCGGAGAACUGCCCUGCGACGAGUACGGAUACUCGCCCCCCAUCAGCGAGAUAUCGCCACUGCUGCUCCGAGGACACAGCAUGGACAUUGAGUGUCUUGCGAGUGACGGGAUGCUGCUGGCUAGCUGCUGCCUAGCGGGUCAGAUCCGCGUGUGGGACGCCCAGACAGGAGACUGCCUCACCGUCAUCUCCAACCAUGGGAUGCGCCGCAGCAGUAGCAGUACUGGCUGGGAGCAGCGUGACGGGAUGGGGGGCAGUUGCGUGGGCGGUUGCGGGGGCUGGGACCCUGAACCGGACGCAAUGUGCCGCAUGCUGGACGCUAGAGAGGGGGGGUCUGAGGCGGACGACUACCCCCUGAGGCGGCGGGUGACCCCCUCCCGGCCCGCCCUCUUCGGGGACCAGCCCGACCUCACGCCGCUCAUCGACACCAACUUCGGGGAGCAGCCUCCCUCCCAGCUGCAGGCACAAGAAGGGUACGCUCACCGGUACGAUUUCGGGGGCCUGGUGGAGCGUGCGUACCAGGAGCAUGAGCCCUCCCCCCCGCUGGCGUACUCCCCAAUGGGCACUCCUCCCCAGCAGCAACACCUACACCACCACCCCCACCAGCUCCAACACCCCCAUCACCAGCUUCAACACAACCACCAUCAGCUACAACACAACCAUCAGCAGCACCAGUACCAGCACCACCAGCGGCGCCACAGCCUGGGGGACCAGCCUCUCCUGCCCGCCGAGAGGCCACCGCCCGCGGGGAGCCCCGACUGGGACAGCUCGGUGUGGGCCAUGGAGCUCCGGGGGAACCUCAUCGCCGCGGGGAGGAGCAGCGGGAAACUGGAGCUGUGGGAUGCAGUGGAGGGCUCCUUGCGAUGUCGUAACGAGGAGGGAUCUUCAGGAAUUACCGCACUGGCCUUCCUCAACAACAGGAUUGUAGCGGCACGGUUGAACGGAUCUCUGGAUUUCUUCACCGUGGAAAUUAACAAGCCCCUCGGCUUGCUUCAGUACCGCGGCCCCCCCGGUCGUGGCAGCCUGCCCCCCUCCCCCUGCUACAGCAGUGAGGACGUCAUCAGCUGCCAGCUGACGCGCUCGGUGCAGUGUGCCCAUCAGAAGCCAAUCACCGUGCUCAAGGCGGCCGCCGGACGCGUCGUCACCGGCAGCCAGGACCACACCGUCAGGGUGUACCGCUUGGAGGACUCGUGCUGUCUCUUCACACUGCAGGGCCAUUCAGGAGGCAUCACAUCCAUCUAUAUAGACCAGACCAUGGUGCUGGCCAGUGGGGGGCAGGAUGGAGCCAUCUGCCUGUGGGACGUGCUGACGGGGAGCCGCGUGAGUCACGUGUACGGUCACCGGGGUGACGUGACGUCGCUGGUGUGCACCACGUCCUGCGUCAUCAGCAGCGGCCUGGACGACCUCAUCUGCAUCUGGGACCGAAGCACUGGCAUCAAACUGUACUCUAUACAACAGGAGGUGGGCUGCGGUGCGAGCCUGGGUGUGAUCUCUGAGAGUCUGCUGGUGACGGGCGGCCAGGGCUGCGUCUCCUUCUGGGACCUGAACUUCGGGGACCUGCUGCAGACGGUGUACCUGGGCCCCACCGGAAGCGGCGGCGGCGGCGGCGGCGGCAGCGGAGGGGGCAGCGGCAGUGGCAGUGGCAGCGAGGGCCAGAGCGUACGCCAGCUGCUCGUCCUGGACAACGCCGCCAUCGUCUGCGACUUCGGCAGCGAGCUCAGCCUCGUCUACGUGCCCUCCGUCCUGGAGAAGCUGGACUAAGGAGCGAGGGACACAGAGAUGGAGGGAUGGAGAAGCUGGGCUUAGCGCGCUCACAAGGAACAUGGUGAGAGAGAGAGAGAGAAAGAGAGAGACAUGGAGAGAAAAAGGGAGUGGUGGGAGGUGGUGUGGACUCCUUUCCCCUUCCCUCUCCUCUCCUCCCCCCUCUUCACUAGGGCUGCAUGACUGCUACAGCCUGACUGCACUGAUUACAUUAUUUGUUUGUCAGUCGUUUUUUUUUAUUCUUUACAAUUUUUUGGCUCAUUGACUGUCUACUCUGCUCUGCUCUAGUCUGUCGACUGGGGUUGUCCUCUGUAUCUCUCUCUCCACUGCAAGCUGAUGAAGCUUUUACGUCUUCUCAUCAGACAUGGCAGUCCUUUCCUUCCUCAUACGUCUCAAUGCUCCCAUCAGCUGCCCACUCUGCUGUGCGCACGCACACACACACACACACACACACACACACACACACACACACACACACACACACACACACACACACACACACACACACACACACACACACACACACACACACACACACACACCACCUGUGAGCUGCAGGGACACACACACUCUACACAACUGUGUAGCAUUCGGACUCUACAGUUACACAUCCUCCCUCUCUCUCUCUCUCUCUCUCUCUCUCUCUCUCUCUCUCUCUCUCUCUCUCUCUCUCUCUCUCUCUCUCUCUCUCUCUCUCUCUCUCUCUCUCUCGUGUCCUGAGUGGAUAUCUAGCUGUCCGUUUGCUCUGGCCAGGUGGAUUGCCUAGAACCCCCCUACUCUACCCGAGAGCAUCUCUCUCCACGCAUCAGCCUAGAUGGUGGGGGCACAAUCUGUGUUUGUCUUGACAUCCACUUGGCUGUAUUCCCCCCUCCCCCGACCUCCACCCCUCUCAAAGCCAUUACUUUUUACAUUUUUGUUUGUUAGUUUUUUUUUUCCUAAGUGGGACACGUGACAUGUGUGGGUGUAGCAUACCCCUGACGACUGUGUGGGAUUGUGAUACUUGAACUGCUGCGCGUGCCACUGUUGAUGAUGUCGUAAACAGUGAGCCAAUCGGAGCCUAGGACAGGACACGUUGCAACACGUCGGACUGGAGAUGGCAGCCCACAGAACAGAGCUGUACUCUUUCUUAUCUAGUCUGUAGCAUUGGCAUUGGCCAAUUGGAAGUGCUGCAGCUGUUAACAGUUAACUAGCACCUGGUUGGAUGUGAAAGAUGUGUGUGCGUGCGUGCGUGUGUGCGUGCGCGCUUGCAUGUGUGAGGAAGUGUGAGGAAGUGUGAGAGAGAUGAAAUGUGAAGACACUGCUGAUGAACAUGACCUUCAUUUAUUGUGUGUGUGGGGGGGGGGAUAAGGUUGUGUUGAAAGAUACUGUAAUCAUUAGUACCUCCAGGGGGGGUUGAUGCGUCUUUUCUUUUUAUUAUUAUUAUUAAUGUUUAAAUCUAUUAUUUAUUAGUGAUGGAUUUAUAAACAAAUUUAACACAAUUUGUAUGGAACUGCUAAACUUGACCCAUUGCCUUGUGCAUAAUAAUUAUAGAACUCAAGGCAAGGAAGUGUUGAUAUAAAAAAAAACACCUAAAGUCUUUUAAUUCAUUAACAUAAACAUUUAUUAAUUCACUGCAGUGUAUUUAUCAAUACACAGUAGUGAAUACGACAUGAAUAUCAUCUGGAGCUUGAGAUAAGAGAGUGGGUUUUUAAGGAGUGUGUGUGUGUGUGUGUGUGUGGGAACCAUCAACCUUUGAAGUUGUUCUCCUGGCCAAAAGCCUUGGCUCAGUGGAGGCGCUCAAAGUGUGAUUGUGCAUUUGUUGACCGUGGCAUGUUUUUGUUUUGAUGUCUGUCAUCACAAAUGACCUCUGUUUCAUGCUUAUGCUUAUUUACGGACAAGGGGGGCGGACGGACGGACGGACAUUUUAGAUGCUUAGUUUAAAACACUGGCUGUCAAGCUACAACGCUAGCUACAACAGGGUUCUGUAGCUACCUUGAUAGAUUGACCCCUUUUUUUUUUUUUCAGUUUCUUCUCGGUUCUUCUUUUCUACAUUUGUGAAAUAGCUCGUCUUGAUUGCAUAUCUGCAGCCUAUUUGGAACAAUAGGCCAGUUCAGUUUAUGGGGUUUAAAUAUUUACAGUAAUAGCUGACUGGACUGUAGUGGAGUCAUGUUUGGUCUGUCCAUGUAACAGCAGGUAGGGGACCAGAUGAGUGUUACUGCAUCUUGUAUGUGCCAGGGAAACAAUCCGCAUGCUUGAGAUUAGGGAUGCACGAUACCACUUUUUUUUUUCCCAAAAAUAUUCAUUUCUGUACUUGCCGAUACCGAGUACCGAUACUUUUUCCUCCAACAUACAAUGACAAAAAAUACACAGCCUUGUUUUUCCACCUAUGAUACGCGUUUUAUUGUCCAUUUCCAUGUAGAUUUGAAUGUUAGUAAAUGUAUGAGGCGGCGCUUUUUCCCAUGCUGCUUUCAAGUCAACGGAACGUGAUGAGAUGUUGGGUUGUUUCGUGUAGCAGCAGUAUCGGUCCCUGGUAUCGGCAAGUGUUUGACGUGUACAAGUAUGAGUACAAUGAGAAAGUAUCGGAACCGAUACCAGUAUACUUGGUGCGGUUUGUAUACCGAUACCAGUAUACUUGGUGCGGUUUGUAUACCGAUACCAGUAUCGGUAUCGGUGCAUCCCUGGUUGAGAUCAUCAGCUAUUCAGGCUAUUGAACCAGCUGCAGUGGAAACACCAUUACUCUCGUCUGUCUGCAGUUGUGAACCCACAAGAACCGUCUGGUUCCAAUGUUCUGUAGUGAUGUUUUGAGUUUGGAGGGGGUUCCGUGGUGAUUUUUCAUCAGACCCACUUGCUUUCGCCUCUCCUUCAAGGCGACGAUACACAGUGCAACUUUUUAACCAAUGUUGUCAGGCAACAACAUGAUUGGCCCCUAAGUUUCUGAUGAAAUUUUAAAAGUUUUGCUGCUGUUUGAUCCAAGUUCUCAUAAAUGUUUGAUGGUUCAAAUACCAUUUUAGCACAUCGUUGCCCAAAAACAUCAAGAAGUUGCCUCCCUGUGUAUCAACACUUGCAAACAAGCAGCUAGGGGAAUGUACAGCAGAAUGUAUACACACACACACAAACACACACACACACACACUACCAUAUAAAGAAGUCUCAGCAGUCUUCACACACAUACACACCCACACACACCAUUAAGAACACUAACGCAAGAGUUAACAUUUGCACAUUCAACCCAUAUAUGUAAAGUGGAGACAUUCAUUAAUACACUAAUGCAAAAUAAAUAUCACAUUCUCAAAUGCCAUUGCUCCACAUUUCUUCUGGUCCUUAAAGGAUCUCUAAAAUGAUAUUGUAAAGCACCUUGUUAAGGCUAUUUGAAAUGGUAUCCAGGAAAAUGUGGAUACUCAAGUGUGGGCAGAAUGGUUUUAGUAAGCAAAGACAAGGUUUACUUGUUUGGAUGUGAUAGUUCUGGAAAGAUGAAAUAAAAAUCACCAUUAUAAGGACGUAGGAACGCACAGAA